AUGCGUUCUUCUAUCGCUCUCCUAGCUGCUUCAGCUCUUGGUGCUCUUGCCCAACAGUCGACUUCGACCACAUCUCUAUUCAUCGGUGGACGUGCUGCCCCCGGCCAAUCAUACGCUGGCUCCGUCGUCUCUGUCGGUCCCAGUGAAACAAUCUACGAAAUCGAGUGCACCGCGACUGAAGCUUGCGGCACCCUCCCAGUUGCUCUAACCAUGACUAUCGGUCCUUCAAACCUCAACUUCGAAUUCGCAACCACAACCUUGGGUGUCGAAGCUUCAGCAUCCGAAUCCUGCAAGAUGGACGGAACUACCUCUGCAUCGUGUGAUAUCGCAUUUACAAUUGAAGCCGGAGCUACCCGGACUGCUCUUACUACUUCCCUCAUUCUCACUGGAUCGCAGAUGGCUUUGAUACCUAUAGAACUGACUGGAGGACUGGAGAAGUUGGCUGCUGCUACUGGCUCCGCUGUCUCUACAGCUUCUGGCUCUGUCGGAGCCGUUUCUGCUUCAGGCAGCGACUCUGGCGCAUCCUCGAUCAUGGCAAACGGCAGAGGUGGUGAUGUUCUGGCAUUGGUCAUGUUCUCGGCUAUUUCAGUAUCGGUCGGUGCCCUCAUGAUGUUGUAA